AAUACAUAAUUUCUCAAUGAGUAACCAUUUUGGUGUGCCUUCAAAUCUGUGCUGCAAAAAAAAGUUUUCUCGUCAAUUUGAAAACGCAAAAAUCAAUCAAUGAAAUGUUAUAUUUAUUUCAAAUUGACCGCUUUUAAAAUCUAUUAAUCCAAAGCCUAAUUAAUCAUAAAAAAACUAAUUAUUCCCUAAAAGUGCUACAAAGAUGAAGAUGAACUCAAUAAAUUUUUAUUGGUGAACUAAAAAUAAAUUUGAGCUAUCAAACGGCAAUGAGCAUGAGGGCAACAAGUGGUCGAGAGGCACGAGAGUACAUCACAAAGAGGAUAUGCAUUAGUUUCGUGUUCAGUAUUGGAUUUUUUACCCUAAUUGCAGGGUUUUUGCUUGGAAAAUUCACAACAGAUCGGCAGUACUACAUAAAACGUUUACGAGAAGCAGAUGUAUCAGCCGUAAAGGAGCUCGAGCACACAUUGGAAGACCUCUAUGGCACCGCCAGAAACAUCACAGUUUAUCAGUCGACUCUCCUUCAGCCCAAUUCGAAUGCCAGACUCUGGGAGACCUACAUAAAAUGUGGCUGCCUGUUGCAGAAGAACGCCGAUUUUGAUGAGAAAGUGAGCAAUUUCGUUGAGAAUCUCAUCAAUGCACACAUAAAAAGUUUCACCGAUUGCCUUAAAAUUUUGGAUGAACUUUUGCAUACAAUCGAUGACUGAUGUAAUGAAGAAAAAAUGUAUUUUUUUUAAACACAAAGAAAUAUCCCGGGAUUUUUAAAGUAAAUUUUUAAAGAAA